GGUAAGAUCAGGUUAUGUAUGAAGACCCUGUCAGUGACCACUCGUUCUGACGAAGCCCAACGCCUACUACAUGCUCCGUAUGCCUGCUGCUUUGCCUAGGCCAAUUUGAACGAGACUUCUGCCCGUGGCAUGAACUCGAAAACCGCCACGCAACGUCACUUGCCAUUCAAUGAACACCGGCAUCUGACUCUCAGGCUGGUCCCAUGCAGCUCUGCCGACGGCAUCUAACGCAAGUGCAUAUGAAGCGACUUCCUAAACGGCCCAGGCAUCUUCGCCCAUGACUACUAUCUCUUUGGCCGCCCCGCUGUAUUGGCCGCCCCUUGUCUCGGCCCUCAUAAUCGUGAUCACUGGGUACCAUGCCCUUGCCUGGGCUCUCUCCACCAGGAAAAAGCUUCCACCCGGCCCACGGCGCGACCCGCUCAUAGGACAUCUGCGGCACCUGCCCCAGUCGCAGCCGGCAGUCGUCUACACAGAAUGGAGAAAGAUAUACGGGGAUGUGAUCUACCUGCAAGCCCUCAGCAAGUCGUAGCUUAUCUUGGGCAGCGAACAGGCGGCGGUAGAGCUCCUGGACCAGCGGAGCGCUAUCUAUAGCGACAGACCGCGAUUCGUCCUGUACGACAUAAUGGGCUGGGGAGACAUCCUCAGCUUCCUCCCGUACGGCAAACGGCACACGCGCCACCGCCAGCAGCACCACAAUCUACUCGCCCGGAAGAGCUGCCCGGCCUUCUACCCCGUCCAGACGCGGGAAGCGCGCAAGCUCGUGCGGAAUCUCCUGCACGCGUCGGGGGACCAGCAGCAUGCUGCGCUCAGCAGGUUCUCGACCGCAAUCAUCACGGACAUACUCACGGGGCACGAGAUCGUUUCGGACGACGACUACUUCGUCAGGUUGGCCGAACAGCUCUACGAGUCCUUCUGCGUCACUGGACCGCCCGGUGGGACGCUGAUAGAUCUCUUCCCACUCCUGCGCUUCUUCCCCGACUGGGUCCCCGGGACGUAUUACGCGCGCGUCGCGCGCGAGUGGCAGGACCAAGUCCGCGCCGUCUACGAAUACCCCGUGAAAUACGUCCAGGACGCCGAGGCGAGCGGGACGGCACAGCCGUCCUUCUUGCUGUCGAAGUUGCAGAAUCGCGGUGUUUCCGAGGAGGAGGAGGAUCUCGAUCUCGACGAGCUCAGGGCCGACGCGUUGACCAUUUUCGUGACGGGGCAGGCCACGACCAGCAGUAUCCUGACUGUGUUCCUUCUGGCGAUGGUCCUGUACCCCGAGAGCCAAAGACGGGCGCAGGAGGAGAUCCUCCACGUUCUGGGAGCGGAUCAGAUACCGGCCUACGAGGACAGGGCCAAGCUCCCGUUUGUUGAAUGUGUUAUCCAGGAGACACUAAGAUGGAAUCCAAUCGUCCCGCUGGGCGUUCCGCAUCGCCUCAUCCAGGACGACGUGUACCGCGGCAUGUUGAUUCCAGCAGGAACCACGGUCUACGCCAAUAUCAGGGCUAUGUCUCGCGAUGAAAGCGUCUACCACGACCCUGAAGCGUUCCAGCCAGAGCGCUUCCUUCCGCGGCCCGAAGGGAGAGGGGAGCCCCGGUUCGCCUCCGCAUUCGGUUUCGGACGCCGGCUGUGCACGGGGAACGAGCUCGCGUCGAACAGUAUCUGGAUUGCCGCCGCGACGCUGCUUGCGACCUGCAACAUCAAGAAUGCUCUGGACGCCGCGGGCCGCGUUAUCGUGCCUUCUACGGCGAUGACGGAUGGGAUUGACUGUCAUCCUGAGCAUUUUCCAUUCGCGAUCGAGGCUCGGAGCGGCCUUGCAGCAUUGCUUGAUGAAGAGAUGCGCCUUUGAGGCCAGGUUUCCUGUCAGAUGAUUACCGGAAUGAAAUUCUUCGAAAA